AUGGACUCCGGGAUGAACGAGAACCGGCAACACGCGACGCUCGACAGCCUCAUCGACAACCAACUUUCGGAGAGCACCAAGAUCUGCUACAAUAGCAAGCUGAACCAAGUCGUCGAGUGGGUCAAGGGUCAGUCCCGAUACGAGCUCCUUAAGGACGACGGCUCACUCGACCUCAACAACUUCCAGUACUCGGACUUCAUGGACUUUGCCGUUUGGAAGUACAAGCACUCCAAGUGCCGGGUCGACAUGAUCACCGUUUGGAAGUACAAGCACUCCAAGUGCCGGGUCGACAUGAUCAGUGGGUACCGGUCGGCUAUGCGCUACUACUUUGAACGCGAGGGUGUUGAAGUGCCCCAAGCACUUGCCAAAAGAACCAUCGGGUUCUUGAAAGGGAUGCGUCGCGAAUGCUCUUUAGAAGCCCAAGAAGUAGGUAUGGAUGUCGUGGGCAAGCGGCCAGUGGACUACAGUCAAUAUGUUGUCUUAUGUCACGUUCGCUCCGAUGCUAUUGGGAUCGUCUUUUGCAAGUCGAAAACUGACCAGAGCGGCACCAAGCGACGAGAUCCACGUCACAUCUACAGCAACCCGAUGGAGGCCCGAUCGUGCGUCUUUCGAGCCAUCGCCAUCUAUCUUGCAUGCCACCCGCAACUGUCCAUGGGCAAGCUGUUCCCAGGCGCAGCCCAGAAAGACCGGUUCGGCAAGCAGCUAGCCAAGCUGCUCUCGCACCCCGACACGACCUGUGGCCGUUCGGAAUACGGCACCCACUCGAUUCGAAAGGUUCUGGAAGCACGGGUGGCCCGUCAAUCGUCAGCGUUUGCCUCCGGUGCGGCUGGUCCCUUGGGAAUGUUCUUGAGCGGUACAUGCACUACGAAGGCGCCGGCGACCAGUUCCUCGGACGGGUAA